UCCGCAUGGGGUUUGCUCCCAGCUUUUCGGGGCUCGGAGAGGAAGAGUGUGGGUUCCAGCGAGUUCUACGAGCCAGCUUCAGGUUCUCGCGUAUCCAAAGCCAGGAGCCAGUGCCGGAGCCCGGGGACGUCAGCCAUGCCCCAGACUACUUGGCCCCAGGUUUUUGUGCGGACAUAAGUUUACAACUCAUUUGGGAAGAUACCAAGGAGCAUGAUUGCUGGAUCAGAUGGAGCCGGUGACCUUUGAGGAUGUGGCCGUAUACUUCACCCAGAAUCAGUGGGCCAGCCUGGCCCCUGUGCAGAGGGCCCUGUACAGGGAGGUGAUGCUGGAGAACUACGCCAACGUGGCUGCCUUGGUAGCAUUUCCAUUCCCCAAACCUGUUCUGAUCGCCCGGCUGGAGCGAGGGGAGGCACCUUGGGGCCCUGAUCCCUGGGAAGCAGAGGCUUUGCGAGGCAUCUGCCCAGGUGGGGAGUCCUGGGUCGAGGACGAAGAGUGGCCUGUGCAGCACGAAGCCUCGCGAGACGCAGAGCGGCCCGGCGCGCCAGGAGGCGGACUCCUCCGAGACGUUUCUCCGCACCUCGACUUGAAAAGCAAGGCCAAGGCCACGUGGCCGACUUUCAGUCUGAAUCCGAACCUGAUACUUCGAGGGGGAAUGAAAUUCUAUGAGUGCAAAGAAUGUGGGAAAAUCUUCAGGUACAACUCCAAGCUCCUUCGGCAUCAGAUGAGUCACACUGGGGAGAAGCCCUUCAAGUGUAAGGAAUGCGGCAAAGCCUUCAAGUCCAGCUAUGACUGCAUCGUGCACGAGAAGAAUCACGUGGGAGAAGGGCCUUACGAGUGUAAGGAGUGCGGCAAAGGGCUGAGCUCCAACACGGCCUUGACGCAGCACCAGCGGAUCCACACCGGCGAGAAGCCGUACGCGUGCGGGGAGUGCGGCCAGGCCUUCCGCCGGAGCGCCGCCUUCCUGCAGCACCAGCGCUUCCACACCGGGGAGAAGCUCUACAAGUGCGGGGCGUGCUGGAAAGCCUUCGGCUGCAGGUCACUUUUCCUCGUCCACCAGAGGGUUCACACUGGGGAGAAGCCCUACCAGUGUGCGGAGUGCGGCAAGGCCUUCACGCAGAAGAUAGCCUCGGUCCAGCACCGGAGAGUGCACACCGGGGAGAGGCCGUACGCGUGUUCGGUGUGCGGGAAGGCCUUCAAGUGGUACGGCAGUUUCGUCCAGCACCAGAAAGUACACCCUGUGCAGAAGAAGCCCACCCCGAUGAGUCCCCAGUGCCCCUCUUCAGCCUUGUCGCCAGGUCCUCUCCAGACCCCGAGCCCGGCGCCAGCUGUGGCCACGCCUUCGCUGGCCUUUCCGCACGCUCUGCUCCUUCCUACCUCUGGGCCUUUGUUUAUGCUGCUGCCCACACCGGGAGCGCCUGCGCCGCCUGUGCAGAUAGUACGAGUCUUCCAGGGCCUCGCCCCUGUCGUCAAGCCUUCCCCAGUUAAUGUCACCCCUCGCGAGCUUUAUCUCGCCACUCCCGUGGCGCUCACACCCAGCAAAUCUCCGGUCUGACUGGCGUUGCAGGUGUAUUGUUUUCCUUAUCUUACAUGUGUUUCCGCGUACACUGCAAUCUAUGCAUUUAAAGACUGUUUAUGUAACAUGUUCUCUUUCCUUCUGGAAAUGGACAUACUUGACCUUUGCAUCAGCCCAUUUCAGGCCUGGACAGUAGUGGCUGUGUCUGCAUAGUGAGGGCGCUGGUCUUAGAAGUGCUGGUCGGCACUGGGUGUUAGGGAAGGUUGGGAGAGAGCACAUCCCUGCGUUAGGCCACCAGGGAGAAGCGUCCUGAGAGAGACAGGAGGGCUCUUCACUCCUGCGGGAGCAGAGCAUUAGAAUGCACUUGCGACAGCAGACUGGAAGUUGAUGCGGAUUGUUUAGUGGACUGAGAUGAUGUAUUAAUGCAAUUGCAGUUCCAGUGCACUGGGCUCGGGUCAUUGAGGAGCUGAUGCGUCUCUGCAAAGGCUCGUGAAAUAACCAGUGAAAAAUAGUAUGUAUGCAGCAAUAGCAAUUGUCUUAUGAGGGAUGGCACUCAUGUCUUUAUCAUGCAGUGUUUUUCUUUAAUUUUGGUCUUGAUGUUCAGAUGUAUUUUUAACUGUUUUUUUUUAAAGUAAAUUAUACACCAAGGAUUCAUCUGUGUUCUAUCAUUGUAUA